GGGAGAAUGCAAUCAAAAGUGUUUGCUUUCAGAAGAAAAGAAUCUAACAGUAUGCGUAGCUCAAUCAGGUGUAUUUUAAAGAUUUUAUUGUAUAUAGAUAUCAUUAGUAGAAAAAUGUAGGCUUGCACAUCAACAGUUUGGUUGAGAAGAAAAAUGGGCUUUUGAUGGCUGAUGAUGGUUUGAAAGCUUAUGUUGAAAAUUUUUGGUUGUGGAUUUAUUGUUCAUGUAAUGCACAGUCUUUGUAAUAGACACUCUGAGAUUUCAAAAAGGUAACUUGACCUUGUAAAUCCAGCUUGAAUUAGCAGCUGUUAAGUUAGUACUUGGGAGUAAAAAGCAGUACUAAUUUAUAUAGUAAUUAAUUUAUAGUGUCAUAUAUUUCAAACUUUCUAAAAUUCUUGUAUAUUUAGUGGUGUCCAUACUUUUUUGCACUCACUUGUGACCUUCACGUAACACUUAUCCAUGUCUACUUUAAAUAAUUCCACUGCCAGAAAUCUGUUGAUAAAAUUAUCUGAUCUAGAAAGUAUUCCACCUUUGUGUUAGUUAAAUAAAUUGCCAUAGAUACAGUGAAUGUAUUGUCUAUUGUCACCAUUGUGUGCAUGCCCUGAGAUGGAAACAGAGGAGCAGUCCAAGGUGUUUCAACGGAGUCUCAAGUCCGUAAGCCUCGUGACCUUGACCUUCCAAAAUGGUGCCCUCACUCUGGUGUCGCGCUAUGCACGAACACGUCCUGGGAACAUGUUCUUCUCUACGACAGCUGUGGUCAUGGCUGAGCUUUUCAAGUGUGUCUCCUGUCUUUUUAUUAUUAUGGGACAAGAGGGAGGCAUUAGGCCGUGGGCGCGGCGUUUAAAUGAAGAUGUUUUCCAGCAACCAUAUGACUGUCUGAAGAUCUCAGUGCCGGCAGUGGUAUAUGUGAUACAGAACAACCUGCUCUAUGUCGCUAUAUCUAAUCUGGAUGCAGGAACAUUUCAGGUCACAUACCAGCUGAAGAUCCUGACCACAGCCGUAUUCUCUGUGAUCUUGUUGCAGAAGAAACUGUCCAAAAUCCAGUGGGUUGCCUUGGUGAUGCUAUUCACAGGGGUUGCCUUUGUACAGUUCAAGCCAGAAAGCACCUCAGAAAAAGUUUCCACUGAGCAGAAUCGAUUGCUGGGGUUUGGAGCAGUGCUUCUGGCCUCAGCUCUUUCAGGUUUUGCUGGAGUUUAUUUUGAAAAAGUUUUAAAAACGACAAAGCAGAGUUUGUGGCUGCGUAAUGUCCAGCUGGGCUUCCUAGGCGUUGUCUUUGGGACGGUGACUAUUUUCCUGUCGACGGAUGGACAGAAAGUGAGAGACAAGGGGUUUUUCUUCGGUUACGAUAUGGUGGUGUGGGCAGUAGUAUUUCUACAGUCAUUUGGGGGACUUCUUGUAGCUGUGGUAGUGAAAUAUGCAGACAAUAUUCUGAAGGGGUUUGCUUGCUCUGCAGCCAUUGUUUUUGCCUCCCUGGCUUCUGUGUACUUGUUUAACUUUCAGCUGAGUCUGCAGUUUGUGAUUGGAGCUUGUCUUGUCUGUAUCUCUGUGUUUAUGUAUGGUUACCAGCCCAAAGAGAAGACACAGUCAAAUUUGCAAGCACAGGGGGAGAAAAUAUAACUAUAAUAUAUUACUUUAGGGAAAGAGAAAGAGAAAAGGUAUGAUUAUGAUGAAUUACACUAGGUGGCAGCAUUGUGCAGUACAUUUUGACCAGUUAUUUAAAACUAAUACUGUUUUAGGUCUAUUCAUUGUUGACUUAGCACAAAUAAUUUACUAUUCAUUUAGUGAAAAGAAACUGUGAGUCCAAAGCAGUGCAUAGAAAAAGCUUCUCAACAGGUCCCCAUAGUCACACCACCAGUCUGUAUAGAUUGACCUAACUCUGCUGGGACUCUCACUCAGUGCAACCAGCUUAACCAUACGACAUGCCUCCUCAUGUUUUCAACGUACGCAUGUAAUCACCAGCUUUUCUGUGUUCUACUUGACACCAGGUGGCAUGUUAAUCCGUUAAGCUGAUUGUACUUAGUGAGAGCCCACGUAGAGUUGUUAAUGAGAGUCUCAGAUAAUCACGUAUUCAUGUGAAAGCUACCAGGUUCACUUACUGUUGAGGAAAACAGUUAACGGAUGUCAUCUCAUCUUUAUAAGGGGUCAUCAAGAGGAAUAUGUCAGUUUUUAUGUAAUAAAAAACAGCCACCUAGGAGAAACAAUAUGCAAAUGUUUAUAUCCUUUGACUACUAAACUGGUGCCUGGCCACUCUGAUCUUAGUCCAACAGCUGAAGCUUAACUGUGAUGUGGUGUUUAUGUCAGGACUUGGUCAGUAUUACCAUUAAAAUCAAAUAGAACUGCAAGAUAUAUAUAUAUUUAUAUAUAUAAAAGACUUAUUGCCUUAUCACAAAAGAAUUAUGUAUGGAUUAUUUCUUACAAAUGAUGUAAGUAUUGAUGCAAUAAUUGUGUUGUAUUGAUUGCAAAUCAGGGAAUAGUUUUAUUUGUUGCUGGUUGAAUUUGAAUCUUCAGUCAAAUAAUUAUGUCAGUGCAACCAAAAGGCUUGGAUAUAAUAAGUGCACAAUGUCUCUGCAGUCCCAAUGCCAGAGGUUUAAAUAACACCUUGUUCAACAAAUAUUUGCUUAGCUAUAAAAGUAUUCACAGAUCCUAUUUCUAUGUGUUAAUUCUGGAUUUUAUAUCUAUCAUCUACAUUGUACCUGGUGUGGAGCAAUUUUUUAAAAUUAUAUAACGCAAUUAUGGAACAUCUUGUGUUUGGAUGUGGAUAAUUUCUUUAAUAAUUUGAUUUUAAUCUUGUUAAGUUCCCAAAUAUGUCUCAUGAUGGUUGAACCACACGCACAUUAAACUAUGUAUGUAAUACAAGACCACCAGAGACAAUGUAACUACGCAAAACUAACAGCUGGCUGCUACUAUUCAUUUCCACGUUAUUAGAAUGGAAUUAAGGAUGGACACUUGCUUUACCUUCAUGUCCUGAGACCUCAGG